AUGGCCGUGAGAAUCUUGUCAAGGGAUGCAUCUUCAGCGAAAGCGCAAAAGCUCUCUGAUCUGCCUGGUGUUACAUGCAUUCAAGGUGACAUGAGCGACAAGGCAGCUCUUGCAUUAGCUUUUGACGGGAUUGUUGCAUGCUUCCUGGGGUGUUCGAACUCAGAAACACAGGUUUGUGACGAAAAGAACUUCAUCGAUGUAGCUUGUGAAGCCGGGUGUCAGUACAUGGUGAAGCUUGGAACUUGCGGAGCUCCAGGUUACACGAGCAUGGACAGCGUCGUGCAGUAUGGGCGUUUCCACGCAGAGAUUGAGAAGCACUUGGCUUCCACGGGUUUGGCAUGGACAGUUCUGAGGCCCAAUUUCUUUCUGCAAAACCACAUGGGAGAUGUCUUCGGAGCCGUUCCGCAAGGAGUGGUCGCAUAUCCUUUGCAGCCCACAAGUUUGGCUCGAAGCGUGGAUACACGCGAUAUCGGCGACCUGGCUGCUAAACUCUUGAUGUUGAGCAAGGAGGAGUGGAAGAUGCACGCGGGCAAGAUCUACGACGUUUGCGGGCCAGAGGCUGUCAGCACAACGGAUGUGGCUUCGUACUUCGCAGGAGCGCUGGACCGGACAGUUGCGGCAGUCCAGGUAACGCCAGACGAGUGGCGGAGCAACGCUGAGAAGGCUGGCUUCCCCAGCUGGCUGGCAGAGGCAGUCUGUCGAAACUUCACCGACUUCUGGGACAAGGGACUGCUGGACUUUCCCAGCAGCCCAGAAGUCUUCGAGCUUUGUCCGCCAACGCGGACUUUGAAAGCGUGGGUUGAGGAGCACGCCUCGCUCGUACCGCUGGCUCCAGCAGAUGCUUAG